UUAGCUGAAAGUCCUUGCUAAAGGAAAAAUAGUUCUAUAAAUUUUACGACUUUUUCAGGAAUAUCGGCCAUAAAAAUGGUCAAAAAUGUACGUAUUCUUCGUAGAAUUUGUUUUUACGGGGUCUAGGGUAAAAAGAAACUGUUAAAAUAUAUUAUUAGCGAAGUGGUUUCCUCACAAAGCGACAGCGUAGGAAGCGGACUUUUACCCAUAAACGCUAUAACCUCCAUUCGUGUUAUUGAAGUAUAUACGAAUAAAGUUGUGUCAGAUGUGGCUAUCGUUUUAGAAAAUACGAAAAGUGACGUUAAGUGUUAUUUUUUAGGAGCAUAUGAAGUGAACGAGUGAAUUGAUUAAUAAUUUUAGCAUGUGUUUGCAAGGACCACAGUGUAUUAAAGUUUCAGAAAAUGUGAAAAAGCAUCCGUUGUUGAUUAUAACGGCGGGGUGUUGGCAACGACAAUACAAAGGCUAAAAAAGACCGGCGGCAGCAAAAGCUCGCCACAAAAAUGAGUCAAUACCGUCAGGAUGGACCGAGCGCCGCCGGUCAGGGCCCACCGACCGCCGGCGCGGGACCAAAUGGGGCUUUAGAUGGUGAUACAGAACAACCGUCUUCGGGAGCCGCCGGUGCCGGUGGUCAGGGCUGCCAGCCAUCAGAUUCGAACGCUUACAACGUUUCGGACAAUAACGCUCCAUCUGGGCCCCCUUCAGUAGAACAACCGUCACCUGGUGGUGGUUACGCGCCUUUUCCGUACGGUAGUACCUCGGGACCGCCGGAUCACGCGUUCGGGCCCAGGCAACAACCGCCGUUCGGAGGCGGGGGCCCCCCUAAACAAUUGCCGCCGCCACCGCAACACCGUUUUGUACCGGGCGCCCCACCGCCUCCGCCGCAAUUGUCGCAACCGCCUUCCGGCCCCACGCCGACCCUUAAUCAACUAUUGCAAAACCCAAACCCUGUGCCCAAUCGCUACCAAAACAAUUAUGGACAUCCCGAGCACCAUUAUAAUCAGUGGCCACCACAAAAACAUCCACAAAGUUAUGGAUCCGGACCAGCUCCUCCCUCUGGUCCAUAUAGACAACAAACUUUUUAUGGCGGUGCCCCAAGUUCGGCACCGGGUGGGUACGAUUCGCGGACGAGCUGGCCGGGUGGUCCGCCACCGCCCUCAGGAGGAUCAUCUCACUCCCAACACGGUCCAGGAAGUCCCGGCCAGCCACAACCAGCACCACCACAAUCCCAAAACCAACCGCCGACCUCGCAGCAACCUCAACAAAACUCUAACUCCAGUUCAGUGCCUGUGAGUCAACCCUCUCCCCAACCCACCCAACCUCCUAUAAGUCAUUCUCCUGGUCCUGGUCCUGGGGGUCAAAUGCCACCCAGUCCUCAGCAACAUAACCAUCAACAACAUCAACCUCCUCCUGGACAUCAACAAGGAUUUCCAAGUCGGCCACCACCACCUACAACACCUAAUGCACACGGACCAGAUGCAGCGGACCUCAGCGGGGGUAAUAGCAACGACAGUUCCGGGGGUCCGGCGCCCGGGACUCCAAACUCUCAGGGUAUGCGGCCGACACCCUCUCCUACAGGGUCAACGGGGUCCAGGUCUAUGUCACCUGCAGUCGGACAAAACAUUCCUAUGCCCCCACGUCCGUCAAGCAGCCAAUCAGAUGGUGGAAACGGAGGUGGCGGAGGGGUCCAGGCCAGACUUAGUCACUCACCAAUGCCUCCAGGUUCCGGAGGAUACGGACCUCCAGGGCAACAGUCACCACAUCCCGGUUCCUACAAGGGGAUGGUACCCGGACAAGGGGGUGCACCACAGAAUUCACCGCAGAUGCCGAUUUACCAGCACCAGCCUGGUCAGUAUCCUGGACAAGCUGGCGUUUACCCUCCUAGAACACCGGGAAAUUUUGGACCGUCAGGUCAAGGGUACGGUCCGUCAUCAGGUUGUCCGUCACCAGGUCCCAGUUUGCGACCCCCACACUACCUCAAACACCACUUGCAACACAAAAUGGGCUUUGCGGCAGUAGGUCCGGGAUCUGCACCUCCCAGUCCUGGUCCUCCGCCCCAAAAUUUUCACAUGGGCCCUCCCGGAGGACCUCACCACCACUCCGGUAUGGGACCUCCGUCCUCCAUGGGACCGCCUAACAUGCCACCAUCGAGCAGUCCAAUGUUGACGAACAAUUAUCCACAUGAGGGUGGUCCCAUGCCUCCACCGAGUUCUACGCCGAACUCGCAUACGCAGAUGGUGAACGAUAUGUUGGAUAAUGGGAUUACGACCACGUCGCAGACUUCGAUGAAUACUCACGUGACUGCGACCUCUGGUGGAUCAGUUACCUCGGUUGUUACCACUGGACCGGAUGGUGCUCCUAUUGAUGAAGGUUCGCAGCAGUCUACACUCAGUAAUGCUUCUGCUGCCUCUGGUGAAGAUCCAGGCUGUCCCCAAACACCAAAAUCCAAUAGGAAAAAUGACAUCGGCCACUACGGUCAUCCUUCCACGCCACAAGGUGCAGUCCAACACGAAGACUAUGGUGAAAUUAGCAGCCCCGGUUGGCCUCGCACUCCUGCUAGUCCGGUGAGUCAAAAAGUGUUUAACAGUCAUGUGCCUCCACAGGAUACAUAUCGCUCAAAGAAAACGGACAGCCUUAGCAAAUUGUAUGAGAUGGACGAGAGCCCAGAUCGUAGGGCGUGGCUGGACAAGCUACUCGCUUUCAUGGACGAUCGCAGGACUCCGAUCACCACCUGCCCCACCAUAUCGAAGAACCCGCUUGAUUUAUUUCGCUUGUAUGUUUAUGUUAAGGAACGGGGUGGCUUUACGGAGGUAACAAAAAAUAAAACAUGGAAAGACAUUGCCGGUCUUUUGGGUAUCGGCGCAUCUUCCAGCGCAGCUUAUACCCUUCGGAAGCACUACACCAAAAAUUUGUUGCCCUAUGAAUGCCAGUUUGAUAGGGGUGGCAUCGACCCUCAGCCUAUAAUAAACCAGGUGGAGGCAAGCAGUAAAAAGAAGGGUGCCAAAGCGUCCUCGGUUCCUUCACCAGGUUCUUCGAAUUCGCAGGAUUCGUUUCUGCCGAGCAGUGGAGGUGGUUCUAUGGACGGCUAUGGUGGAUACAAUGGGUUUCCGCCUUCUGGUAAUCCAGAAUAUGCGCAGAGGCCUUCUGGACAGUCUGCGCCUUCACCACACGGUGGUUCUGGAGGUGCAAACCACCUAAACAAUGCAACUCCAGGGGGUCCAAGUCCUGCGGGUGGGGUCUCCGACAACGUGAGUGUCUCAAAUCCGUUCGAUGACGUUUCUCCGAGCCCCCCGCCUCGAGGGGGUCCAUUCCCUGGUGGACCCCAUGCUCCUUAUCCCACAGGUUAUCCGCCAGGCGUAAGACCAGUCUAUCCAUAUACAGGUGAUUCUUCGGGUGGCCCACCGAGCGGACAGCCCAGCAGUGGACAACCGCAGACUACGCAGGACCCGUAUAAUCGUUAUAAUACUGGCGCAGCGGCUGGAUUUAGUCCAAGGCCACCAUAUGGAGGCCAAGGACAAGGUGGACCCUCUGCUACACAAACUAGCUCCGGCGCUUAUCCUGGACAUCAAGAUUACUAUAGACCAGAUCAGAACUCUGCGGCCGGCGGUUAUCCUCCUUCAUCAAACAAAAAUAUGCCUCCACCUGGUCAACAGCCUCCCAGAAGACAUCCAGACUUUGCCAAAGAUCAACCUUAUCCUCCAUAUGGACAACCUAGGACCCAACCCAUGUAUGGUGGUUGGCCAAAUAAUAACCAAUACAGACCACCUCAGUAUGGGACUCCAGGCAACAACCAGGUACCGCCUCAGCAAUGGAAUCAAAAUCCACGACCUGGUGGUCCAUGGCCAAAUAACCAACCACCCUAUCAAGGUGGACAGGGUGGGCAAAAUCAAUGGCAGCCAAUGAGCCCUCAAAGUGGACAAACCCCUUCUUCUGUUAGACCACCACAUAGGCCAGGUGGCAAACCGUUUCCACCUAUAAUGCCUCAAGGGGGUGCUCCUAAGGGUUCUCCCCAGCAGCCUGUUGGGAAUUCAUAUGGACACAAUCAGAUGCCGAAGAGGGAGAUUACAUUUCCGCCUGAUAGUGUUGAAAAUGUCACUCCGGUUUUGUACAGAAGAAAGAGGAUAUGCAAGGCCGAUUUGGGUAGUGUAGAUGCUUGGAGGUUAAUUAUGUGCUUGAGAUCUGGAAUAUUAAGCGAGAGCACUUAUGCUUUAGAUAUGUUGAAUAUUCUUUUGUUUGACGACUCGUCAGUGGGAUACUUCGGAUUAAACCAAUGGCCGGGAUUGUUGGAUCUGUUGCUGGAGCAUUUCAAGAGGAAUUUGUCAGAUAUGUUUGACGGCCCCUAUCCCAGAGAGGAGCGAAAAGACGAUUCGGAAAAGGAGGUCGAUCUGGGCAGUGUCGUGAAGCCGGUAGAUGCUGGGGUAAAAACGGUCAUCCUCAAUAAAACUCCGAACUACACAAUGUUGUCUCGAAGGGGUGACCAGGUUAAGUUCGUCGAUCGUCCCGAAGAUAUCUUUGUUCAAGAUAAUUUAAAGGAUUGGGACACCCGUGGCGAAGUAAACAUUGCUAACACUUUAGCAGAAAUCCCUACAGAUCCGUGGUAUACGGAUGCUGAGCAUAUAUUGCCAAACUUUCAGGCGGAGUUUGGACGAAUACCAUUCCAUACGAAGUUAGAUGUGAAGAAAGAUAAGAAGAAAAAGAAGAUUAAGAGUGAGCCGAAGGUAGAGGUGGAAGAAGUGAGCGAAAGUCAGCCGUCGACCGCGUCCCCCGAAGAGGCACCACCGCCUAAAUUAAGUGACAAAAAACGUAUUAGGACAAAAACAUUAAGUGACGUGAUAUCUCGAAUUAAGAAAGAGUCGUCGGAAGAGAAUGAAAAAGUGCUCAUGUUAGAAACGUCGUCCGCGAAACUGGACUCGGUUAAGACUGAAGUAGCGACAAGUGAGAACAAUAGUUUGACUUGCGAGGAGUCGGCGUCCUCGAGUGUAGAUCUGAAUCUUAGUGUAAAUGGUGAGUGCAGUAACGGUACGGAGACUAGUAGUGAACCAAAAAGGAUAGGCGAGAAGUCAUGUGUAAAGCGCAGGCGUUUGUCCGAUUACGAGGACGAGUCGUAUUCCAGGGACGAGGCAAGCUUGUAUCUCAUCACUGAGAGCCAAGAUAAUCUGGGCAAGAGAUGUAUUUGUAUAUCCAAUAUUCUUAGAAGUCUUACAUUCAUUCCUGGCAAUGAGGUUGAGUUUGCCAAAAGUAUUAGCUUUUUAGCGCUUGUAGGGAAAUUAUUGUUACUGCAUCAUGAACAUCCUCCGAGGACCCAAAAAACUAGCAAUUAUGAUCGCGAGGAGGAUGCAGAUUUUGCAGAUUCAUGUAGCAGCUUACAAGGUGAAAGUGAAUGGUGGUGGGAAUUUUUGGCACAAAUCCGCGAGAACAUUCUUGUGUGCAUUUCAAAUAUAUCCGGACAAAUUGACGUGUCCCUCUACGAAGAAGAGGUCGCCAGGCCAUUAUUGGACGGUUUACUUCACUGGGCCAUUUGUCCGUCCGCGACUGCGCAAGAUCCGUUUCCUUCACUCGGUCCGACCUCAUUACUCUCACCACAGAGGCUCGCCUUGGAAGCUUUGUGUAAACUAUGUGUUACCCCCAGCAAUGUAGAUUUAGUGAUAGCUACUCCACCGUUCUCCAGAUUAGAAAAGCUAUGCGUAGUACUUACCAAACACCUUUGCCGAUCCGAAGAUCAGGUGCUCCGAGAGUUUUCGAUCAACUUAUUGCAUUAUUUAUCGGCAGCAGACAGCAGCAUGGCGAGGGUGGUCGCGGCGCAGACGCCCUGCGUCUCCCUCUUGGUGGCAUUUAUUGAGCAAGCGGAACAAAGUGCAUUGGAGGUGGCCAAUCAACGCGGAAUUAGCGCACUCCGGGACAACCCAGAUUCGAUGGGAACCAGUUUGGACAUGCUCAGACGUGCCGCGGCUACUUUGGUGUUCCUCGCGCGACACGUCGAUAACAAACCGUUGAUGGUGCAACAGGAGUCGAGGCUGUUGGCUCUCGUUAUGAGCCAGAUAUUAGAUCAACAAGUGGCUUUACUUAUUUCCAAAGUGCUAUAUCAGAUAUCCCGUAGCUAAGUGUAGAUACUACCGGGAGGAAAUUGAUCGAUCUGGCAGGUGUACAGAAUAAUCUAUGUAUAGCGUUAUCUACGUGACAAUUUACCAUUAUUUAGCCCAGAGUUGGUCCGGACUUUGACUGAGGAGUAAGUAAAGCAGAUUGAAGACAAGUUUUUCUUUUAUGAUCAGUUUUGGGAUUGUUUUAAAACCCAUUACGAUACUGAUAAACCGCGUGUUCAGGUUAGAUGAAAUUGAUAUUUUAAAGUCUUAAUUGUUUGAAUAUCACCGCUGUUUAAAAUUAUAUAGUAAGCAUACAAUAAUUAUGAUACAGAGUACAUUUAAAGGAUUUUAAACAAUUACAAUUAACGUUCUUGUGCACCCGCACGUUUAUUUGUUUGCAGUCUAGUUGUUUCAUAAAAGUUUUAAAACAAUCUCAAAGUCACUCUGUUAACAAAUAUAUAUAUAUGUAUAACUUGUGAUUAAUUAAUUCUGCUUUACUUGGAUCAGCUCUGGUCUAUAAAAAGAACAGAGUGUAUGUGGCGUGCUUGUGAAAAACAUUAAUGUGAGACCAAGACUAGAAGGAGAUCUCCAUCUCUAAAAUAGCUAAUCGAUUCACUUAGUGUAAUCAAUCCAUUAAAAUUGUACCAUUUUGUAAAUUAAGCGACAUAUGUCUUUCUGGAAAGUGUUAAACAUACAUCCAUGUUACUUAUUUUAUGUUAUUUAUUAUUUGAUAUAAAAGAAAAACAGUAUGUUAGUAACUGCAGCUGACCCAGCUCCAUUAGAGCUGUAGUCUUCGUAACCGUUUAUAAGUUUUCUGCGCAUGAUGCGCGUUCACUUCUUAUUUCAUGUUUGGUAUUACUGUGCGAAUGCUUUAUACAUGUCUGAUAAUGAAUUUAAUUAAAUAAAUGUACAAAGGAAGUACCGAAAA